AUGUCCUCCACCUACUCCCCACAAUACUACGCCACCGGCGCCCUCCCCAUCCCCCCCAGCAAACCUUCCUACCCCCAAUACCACUCCGGCUACACCCCCAGCUACUACCCCAGCGGCGGCGAAGAAAGCACCUACUCCGUCUCGCCCCCCGAAGGCGACGAGGACCUCGAUGCUUCCGUCAGCAGCGGGACCUCGGGCUCCGGGUACAGCGGACAUAGCUACUCUGUUGGCACGCUCGGCAGCGCUGCGAUCACUCACAGUCACUACGGUGCCCAGGGUGGUGUCCCGGGGGUCAGCGGCGGUGGAGAGGAGAGCGUUGUGUCGGCGAGUGGCGUCGAUUUGAAUGAGUAUAUGCAGGAGCGGUUUGCGGCGUCGUUUGAUCCGUUGCCGUUGGAUAAGUGUACUGCUAAGCAGGCGCAGACUUCUGGCCACCUCAACGCCAAACACCGCGAACUGCUAGAACUGCAAGCCAAAGCGCAGGCCCGUCUGGCCAAGACCCGGGCGCGGUUUGCCCAGGGCUUGGAGGAUGCGCGGGAGGUACAUAAUGAUUUGGAGUGGACGCAGAAGAAGGUUGCCUCGCUCAAGACAAAAGCCUCAAAAAAGCACACCAAGGAAUACGCCAAGGCGCGGGCGCGGUACCCGUCGCCGGAUAUGUACUAA